UAGGUACACCAUGUCUCAGACCGCCAAAGGAACUGUCACGUCCCAGGGCCCGAACCGAUUCCUGGCCAGAUUUAAUAUGCCUAAUGGCCAAGUGCGCAGCUUCAACGCCUCCGUCAAUCCCCCGACUACCACCAUAGUCAUCAACACCGCGACGCUGACCUGGAGCGACGAGGACGACUUGGUCGGCGCGGACAGCUACACCGGCACGGUGGGGACUAACCUCGAUAUCGCCCUCGGCAAAGGGCCCAAGAUCACGGGGUCGCUCCAGCAGCCCGUCGAUCCCACUACGGCCAUCGUCGGCAAUGGCGACUGGGCCAUGACAAUGUAAGAGAACGUGAGUCUUUCCUUGCCAGUUCUCUAGGUGCGCAGACGAGAGGCUAAUAUCACUUAGUGAUGUGUCAUCGGCAGGACAGCGCCCCGAGCGCGUUGCUGGCGCCAUGAGAUAGGCAAGAUGGUGUGUGGUAUUAGCAUCGUGAUCAAGUUUCCUGAGUCCGUUGUAGUUUUACUCUGUAUCGACCACGGAAAUUCAGUCGUACGAAUGAUGUGUAUCAUGUGUUAUUGGUGACUCUUCGCCCAACGGUCCGACG